AUGGCAAUAUCUCAGGGCAGCACGCUCGGCUCCGUCUCAGAGACUCCCACCGCCGCAACAGAAGUGAACGGCAACCAUGUUACCCCCAAAGAGUUCGAAUACCCAAAGCAUGUACUCGGUGAGCCUCGUGCUUUACGGAUUAUCAUCAUCGGAGCAGGCAUCGCAGGUAUCGCCGCAGUCAAGCUUUUCAAAGAACGCUUCCAAGGUCUCCCGGUCAGUCUGACGAUAUACGAGAAAAAUGCCGAUGUAGGCGGAACUUGGCUAGAGAAUAGAUAUCCAGGCUGCGCCUGUGAUGUCCCGGCACACGGAUACACAUUCUCGUGGGAAGGCAAUCCGAAUUGGUCUCGAGCCUAUGUGACGGCUCCAGAGAUAUGCGAAUAUUACCAGGGACGUGCCAAAGCAUACGGAGUGUAUGACUUUUUACGCGUUAAUCACCGCGUUGUCGGAGCUGUUUGGGACAGGAAGCAGGGCGUUUGGCAGCUCGAGGUGGAGGACCUGGCCCAGUCACGCACUUUCACUGACCAGGCUGAAGUGGUUAUCAAUGCAACUGGAUUUCUCAAUAAGUGGAAAUGGCCUGACAUUCGCGGCCUCGAUACCUUCAAGGGCCACAAGGUCCACUCCGCCAGGUGGGACGACUCAUUUGAUUUCACGGGGAAAAAGGUUGCAGUGAUUGGAAAUGGUUCGUCGGCUAUUCAAAUCGUGCCAAUUCUACGCGCUGUUGCGAGCCACCUGAUAUCGUUCAAUCGAUCCCCAACCUGGAUCACUCCCGAAUUUGGCCAAGAGUUUGCUCCCGAGGGUCGCGAGCAAGUGUUCACUGAGCAGCAGAAAUCCGCCUGGGCAAGUGAUCCCAAGGGGUUCCUGGAGUAUCGAAAACGGGUCGAAACCACCAUGAACCAGGUCUUUGACCUGUUCUACAAAGAGUCCCAGCUACAAAAGGACGCAAUGCAGCAUUUCCGUGCUAGUAUGAAACAGAGGCUGGGGGACAAAGGGUACCUCGCUGACAAGCUUGUCCCGAACUUUGCAGUGGGAUGUCGGAGAGUUACUCCUGGGCACAAUUAUCUCGAGUCCCUUGCUGCAGAUAAUGUGACGGUGGAAACCGGACAGAUUCUGCACAUCACGCCAGACGGUCUGGAGAUGGAGGAUGGGACACGUUAUACGGACAUCGAUGCUAUUGUGUGCGCUACGGGAUUCGAUACAUCCUUUCGACCUGCUUUCACUGUCGUGGGAGAACAGGAUGAACUGAGAGAGGUCUGGAAAGAUGAGCCCAAGUCCUACCUCUCCAUCGCCGCACCUGGCUUCCCGAACUUCUUCUUUGCAACCGGCCCAAACUGUCCUCUUGCAAAUGGCACAUUCGUGCCGUGCCUCGAGCGGACCAUGUCCUACAUCUUCGAGCUAGUUGCCAAGGUGCAGCGGCAAGGAAUCAAAUCCGUUUCGCCAAAGCAGGAGGCAGUCGACGACUUCCAAGAGUACAAGGACUCUUUGAUGAAAGAUUUAACAUGGACCAGUGGUUGUCGAUCGUGGUACAAGAACGGUCAAGUCGAUGGCAAGGUCUGGGGACCAUGGCCCGGGAGCGCGCUACAUUUCCUGGAAGCGAUGGCGGAGCCGCGGUGGGAGGACUGGGACAUCAAAUAUACAACGGGUAACCGCUUUUCUUAUUUCGGUAACGGCAAGACAAGCAGGGAGGAGCAGGUGCGGGACUUGGGAUACUAUGUGACGCAGCCGGGUGCCUGA